AUGGCAGCCUCAAACCUGGAGGUCUUCCAAGGCGGGACCUUCAUCUUCGAAGUCGGCGGCGCGGAGUUCACCGUGUACAAGAAACUCAUCGCCCGCUCAUCUGACGCCCUGCUCGCUCACAUCGAGAACAAGAUGAGAGAGUCGCAAACAGGGCGUGUGUGUUUGCAGGAAGUCGACGAGCACACCUUCGGUCGCUUCGUGGAGUACAUCUACACGGGCGAUUACAACCCUGCCGAGCCUGUAGAGCGGCCUGCUUCAAAGACAUCGAGGCAGGAGGGUGCAAGCUCGCCCCGCAGAUCUGCAACGUAUCGGCGCCGGGGUUUCCGUCGAAAUGCAUCCAGCGACAAUGAGCUGCUGUUGAUGAGAGGCGAUACUGGGGCUAGCCAACAGGCACUCUCCAGGAGUUCUUUCAUCAGCAAUAAGAGAAAGGCGGCGGCAGUCAUCUCGAAUGCUAUGGAUGAAUCUAGGAUGUGUGACGAGCAUCUGGAGAUGCUGGCCUCACCAACACAGCACAAACCAUGUCCACCGCCAGUUUUUAACAUCGACACAGUCAAGCCGCUCGCAACCAACUCGAUCAGCUGGGCUCGCCACAACGUCCGGCUCGACUACACACCGCUCUACAUGAGCCAUGCACAACUCUACGUCUUUGCGGAGAAAUACGACAUUCGCAAGCUCCGCAACCUGACGGCCGCUCGUCUGCGCGAAACCAUCCCCAGAUACCUCAGUUCCUCCCCUGCCGAAAUCGUGGGGCUCGCACGGCACGUCUACGACAACACACCAGACCGCACGCAGGAGGUCGACCAGCUGCGCAUGAUCGUGACGCAGUUCUGUGCGACGCACAUAGAUACGCUGCAGGAGUCUGCGGAAUUCGUCUCUAUGCUUCAUGACGGAGGACAGUUCCCCGAGGUGUUGGUACGCGAGCUGUGCAAGACUCGCAAACCUGCGGAGGGUGCAGUGGGAUCCUUAUUCGCGUGA